AUGGGUUCAUGGACUAGAACGUGUCCCACAGAUUGGGCUGUUCUGAUGAAAUCGUGGCUUAUCUUUUCCCUGGGGCUUUACAUGCAGGUCUGCAAAACUUUGGCCUGCCCAAAAGUGUGCCGCUGUGAUCGAAACUUUGUCUAUUGUAAUGAGCGAAGUUUGACUUCAGUGCCUCUUGGGAUACCAGAGGGUGUGACUGUCCUCUACCUCCAUAAUAACCAAAUUAAUAAUGCUGGAUUUCCUGCAGAGUUGCACAAUGUUCAGUCCGUGCACACAGUCUACCUGUAUGGCAACCAGUUAGAUGAAUUCCCCAUGAACCUGCCCAAGAAUGUCAGGGUUCUCCACCUGCAGGAAAACAACAUUCAGACCAUUUCUCGGGCAGCCCUUGCUCAGCUUUUGAAGCUGGAAGAGCUGCACCUGGAUGACAACUCCAUCUCCACUGUUGGUGUUGAGGAUGGAGCAUUCCGGGAAGCCAUCAGCCUCAAGCUUCUGUUCUUGUCCAAGAAUCACUUAAGCAGCGUCCCAGUAGGCCUUCCAGUGGACUUACAAGAACUUCGAGUGGAUGAAAACAGAAUUGCUGUCAUUUCAGACCUGGCCUUCCAGAAUCUUACGAGUCUGGAGCGGCUGAUUGUGGAUGGCAAUCUCCUUACAAAUAAAGGCAUAGCUGAAGGCACGUUCAGCCACCUCUCCAAGCUCAAGGAAUUCUCAAUAGUGCGGAAUUCACUGACCUACCCUCCUCCUGACCUUCCAGGUACACAUCUGCUAAGGCUCUACUUGCAGGACAACCAGAUAACUCAUAUACCACUCACAACCUUUUCUAACCUCCGCAAACUGGAACGCCUUGAUAUUUCUAACAACCAACUUCGGAUGUUGGUAAAGGGAGUAUUUGAUAAUCUUCACAACCUGAGGCAACUCACUGUAAGGAAUAAUCCCUGGUUGUGUGACUGCAGUAUUAAGUGGGUCACUGAAUGGCUCAAGUUUAUUCCUGCUUCCAUCAACGUACGGGGUUUUAUGUGCCAGGGACCAGAGCAGGUCCGAGGUAUGGCAGUCAGGGAGCUCAAUAUGAAUAUGUUGUCCUGCCCCACCACUACCCCUGGUCUGCCGCUUAUCAUCACCCCAGUCCCAGCUACAACCAUGCCAGCUACAUUAGUUCCCACCUCAUCAGUUUCUCCACCAAGUAGCAAAUACAAUCCUCUCAUUCCUACCUUAGCCACACUCCCCACUGUUCCUGACAGGGAAGACAGAGAAAGGAUGACACCUCCAAUAUCUGAUCGGAUCCAACUCUCCAUCCAUUUUGUGAAUGACACUUGCAUCCAAGUUAAUUGGAUGUCUCUUUUUACCGUGAUGGCAUAUAAACUCACAUGGGUUAAAAUGGGCCAUAGUCUGGUAGGAGGAAUUGUUCAGGAACAAAUAGUUAGUGGAGAUAAGCAACACUUAAGCUUGGUAGAUCUGGAGCCCAAAUCCACCUAUCGGAUUUGCUUAAUUCCACUGGAUACUUACAACAAUUACCGAACUGCAGAAGACACUGUCUGUUCGGAAGCCACGACCAAGGCUUCGUUUUUGAGCAAUGGCAGCAACAUCCCCUCCAGCCAUGAGCAGACGACUUCUCAGAACCUGGGCUCCCCAUUUCUGCUGGCAGGGUUGAUUGGGGGUGCAGUGAUUUUUGUCCUUGUGGUCCUGCUCAGCAUUUUUUGCUGGCACAUGCACAAAAAAGGGCGUUACACCUCCCAGAAGUGGAAAUAUAACCGGGGCCGUCGGAAAGAUGAUUACUGCGAGGCAGGAACCAAGAAGGACAACUCCAUCCUGGAGAUGACGGAAACCAGCUUCCAGAUUGUCUCCUUAAAUAAUGAUCAGCUCCUUAAAGGAGAUUUCAGACUGCAGCCCAUUUAUACCCCAAAUGGGGGCAUUAACUACACAGACUGCCACAUCCCCAACAACAUGCGAUACUGCAACAGCAAUGUCUCAGACCUGGAGCACUGUCAUACGUGA